CCGGUAUAGAGACUAGUGAUGUAAUAAUACUAUAAGUGGCGAGUUUGUCCUGUGAAUUUUGGUACCAUUCCAUUUCCAUCUACCAAACGGUUGUUUGUUGUCCGUAUACCGGAAAACACAUCCACCGCCAACUCCCGGCGAGCAGUAGUAAUGGACCGCCAACCCACGGUGGCGCCGCACGUGGUCUUCCUCCCGUUCCCGGCGCAGGGACACGUCAAGCCCAUGUUCAUGCUGGCGAAGCUCCUCUGCCACGUGGGCGGUUUCCAGGCGACUUUCGUCAACACCGAGCACAACCACGCGCUCCUCCAGCGAACUCUCGCCGCCGGCGACCUCCCCGCCGGAUUCACCUUCCUGUCCCUCCCGGACGCCGUGCCACACGACCGGGAGCAGCAGCAGUCCAGCAUCUCCACGGUCCGCGAGCUGUUCAACUCCAUCCGGAACUCCAAGCCGGAUUUCCGCCGGCUGGUGGCGGAACUCUCCCCGACGUGCAUCAUCGCCGACGGAAUCAUGUCGUUGGGCUUUGAUGUGGCGGUGGAGCUCGGGAUUCCGGUCAUCGCGUUUCGUACGUUCAGCGCCGUGUGCGCGUGGGUUUACUUCCACCUCCGUGACCUUAUCGAGCAGCGGGUGGUCCCCAUCCCUGCCGAUGCUGACAUGGACCAGCCGAUCACUUCAAUUCCCGGGCUCGAAGGAAUCCUACGCCGACGGGACCUCCCCAGCAUAUGCAGGCACGGAACUCCGCCGCCGAUCCUCAAUUUCUUCCUCAGGGAAACCGAAUCGAUGAGGCGGGCUUCCGGUUUGAUCCUCAACACGUUUGACGGGCUGGAAGGCCCACUGAUCUCCAGGCUCUCCACCAUCUUCCCCAAAAUCUUCCCCGUAGGCCCAUUGCACGGCCUGCUGAGCAACGUGGUGAAAGAAGAAGAGCCUCUAACCGCCUCAAACGGCGGGCUUAAGGAAGAGGACAGGAGCUGCAUGACGUGGCUCGAUUCCCAGCCGUCCAGAUCUGUGAUCUUCGUCAGCUUCGGGAGCCUGGUCGCGCUGACCGAGGCCCAGUUUGUCGAGUUCUGGCACGGACUGGUGAACAGCGGGAAGCCGUUUUUAUGGGUCGUGAGAUCCGACUCUGUGUUGGGGGAAGAUGAGGUUCCGAGUUCCGUGGAAGUUCUUUCGGGCUUGAAAUCGGGGGCAGCCCGUGAUGGGAGUAGGUGUUGUGUGGUGGACUGGGCCCCGCAGGUUGAGGUUCUGGCCCAUGAAGCGGUCGGUGGGUUUUUGACUCACAGCGGAUGGAACUCGACGGUGGAGAGUGUUCUGGCGGGAGUGUCGAUGGCUUGUUGGCCGCGGUUGAGUGACCAGCAGGUUAAUAGUAGGGCAGUUAGUGAUGUGUGGAGGAUUGGGCUUGAUAUGAAGGACACGUGGGACAGAUCGACGGUGGAAAAGACUGUGAGGGAGUUGAUGGAGGGGAGGAGGGACGAGAUUAUGAAAUCGACUAUUGAAAUGGCGGGGAUGGCUCGUGGCAGCGUCGAGGAAGGUGGAUCUUCGUACCAUAAUCUGGAAAAGUUGAUCGUAUACAUUCGAUCGAUGUGUUAGGUUAUCUAAUUCAUUCGUUUCAAUUGAACUUCAACUUUUUUUUGUUAUCCAUAAGAGUUUACCUUUACAAUCUUGAAUUAUGUGGCGGAUUUUAUCAACUCUUAAUGC